AUGUCUGAUCAUCCUAUUCAUCGUGUAUCACUUGAUGGUCAAAUAUGCGUUGAACCAUCAUGUACGUCGAAAGCAAGACAUCGAUGUAAACAUUGUCAUAAAGCUUAUUGUGAUAUGUGUGUUCGAGUACAUAAACGAUAUGUUUUACAAGAAAUGAGUGAUAUUGCUAAACAAAUGGAAAUGAAUCGUCAACAAAGUCAAAUAGAAGUACGUUCAUUUAUUGAAAGACAACGUGCUGAUGCACGUGCAAAAGCUGAAGCUAUGCAACGUGAUAUUAUAAGACGAAUCAAUGAAGCUAAUCAAAAUGUUUUACAAUAUAUGGAUGAUCGUGCUCAAAUGAAAUUAUCACGUUUAACUGAUGCAUUAAAUACAUUUGAUAAUGAUUCAUCUGAAUUAAAAACAUCACUUUCAGCUGAACAAUUUCUUUCAGCUAAACGAAUUAUUGAAUUACGUACAAAAUAUGCUUCGAAUAUGUUUGAUGAUAGACAAAAUAAUGAUGAUAAUGAUGAAGAAUCAAAUUCAAAUUUAAUAACAACUAAUGAACAACCAGAAUGGGAAAAAAGCUUUUUUUCAAAUGGAGAUAAAUAUCGAAUGUAUGAUGAAUUAAUUAAUCUUCGUGCUAAAUGGCCAUUUCUUGCACCAGCUCUUACAUCAAUUUAUUAUGCUGCUGAAAAAGAUUUUUCACUUGAUGAUAUUCGAACAUUUCUUGAAUAUCGACAUGAUAAAGUUUUAAAUUUAUUUAAUGAACAUUGUAAAGCAAUUGGAAAAGGACCACUUCAUGCAACAGCUGAAGAUCUUUCAUUUUAUCGAUAUAAAUCUUCAAUAGCAAUGAAUCAAGUAAAUGAUGCAAACUUUGAUCGUUGUUUGCAUAAUGCAUCAACUCAUGAUGAACAUAAUCAUUAUCAUCAUGAAUUAACUAAUACAAUGAGUGAAUCAAUGAGAUUGUAA